AUGCCUCUUCCAUGUCAAAGACGGCAACGAGGUCCUUAUGCGACCAAAGCAUGUACUAAUUGUAAACAAAAGCACAUAAGAUGCUCUGGAAAUGCACCUUGUAACCACUGUAAAUUACACAAUCUUGAGUGUAUUUUUAUUAAUUCUGGUAAAAGACGUGGACCAAAGACCAAAUCUACGCUAUCCUCCGUCUCUAAUGUGCAAGACCAUGUAUCAGUAAAUACGCAACAAUCUAAUAAUAAUGGAGAUAUUAUUUUUUAUUUUAUUCCUUACUUUGUGCUUCAAGAACCUGUUCCUCUUCUUAAUCAAGUACUUCUUGAUACUGACCAUCUUGUGCAAAAUAAUCUUUUAAUUUCUGAUCUAUAUCAAAAUAAUCAUUUAAUUUCUGAUCUAUAUCAAA